AUGGCGCCGUCAACAUCAAGGAUAGCUCUUCUUCCUACUCUCGUGCUCUCUCUUUUUCCUGGUCGGUGCAUGGCCGAGCCCUGGAAAGCGAUCGAUGCAGAUUUCGCCGAUCCCAGCGUCAUAAGAAUAGAUGAUGGCUACUACGCCUUUGCGACUUCCGCCAACGGCGUCAAUGCCCAGAUCGCCCAUUCUGCGGAUUUCAACACCUGGAGUGUCUUGGAUGGCCAGGACGCACUUCCCGGUCCUUUUCCUAGCUGGGUAAACGGCAAACAUCCCCUUAUCUGGGCGCCAGAUGUUAUCCAACGAGACGAUGGCACUUUCGUCAUGUACUACUCCGCCUCUACCAGCGAAGCCAAUAGCAAACACUGUAUUGGCGCCGCGACCUCUUCCUCCAUCACCGGUCCCUACACCCCCGAGCAGAAGGCCCUUGCCUGUGAUAUCAGCAAAGGCGGUGCCAUCGAUGCCGCAGGCUUCAAAGAUGACGACGGAACAUACUAUGUUGUCUAUAAGGUCGAUGGAAACAGUCUCAACACGGGCAGCGAUUAUCACCCCACGCCUAUCAUGCUCCAGAAGCUGCAGUCCGAUGCCGUGACUCCCGACGGCGACGCCGUGCAGCUGAUUGACCGCGAGGAUGCCGACGGACCCCUUGUCGAAGCACCCAGUAUAGUGAAGAGUGGCGGCCAGUACUAUCUGUCGUUCUCGUCAAACAUGUACAACACCCUGAAGUAUGACGUUAGUUAUGCUGUCGCGUCGGCGGUAACUGGACCCUAUACCAAGGCCUUGGCGCCAAAUGCGCCACUGCUGGGCUCUGGAGAUAGUAGUAAUGUGGGAUCACUUGGGGGACCUGGCGGAUCUGAUUUCCGGGAAGAUGGAGGUGCGAUUGCGUUUCAUGCUUUUAAUAACGGGCAGGAUAUGGAUAAGGCGAGGGGGAUGUGGGUGGCUAAUGUCAAGAUUGAUGGAGGUAGGGUUUCUAUUGAGUGA